GCGCGCACCGUCGUCGAGUGAGGGUGUUGCACCGUUCGUCCGAGAGACACCUUCUCCACGGUUCGAGUCCACGAAGAGCAACAGGGUUGGAUAGCAACCCGAGGAGAGGCUAUAGUCUCGGCUAGGAAAACCUGAGGGCACCGUUAAAGCGACUGCGGCGUUUUUCACAGCUAGCGGAUCGUGAGAAUCGGCGGAACUCGACCCACACGUAAAUCCAACCCGAGGAGAACGAGUUCGGCCGGCUUUCUAUUCGGCUUCGCCGCUCCGUAAUUUCGUCUCUUUUCCCGCCCGAGAUCUAGAGAUUUAUCGCGGCAUAAACGCGGUCUACCCCCCUUGCAGAUCCCCCCUCGCGCGGGCUCGCUCGAGCGAAUUAUAACGACCGACAGCCGUAACUCAUGACGCACGUGUUACGAUCCAUUUCAAUUUGCCAAAGAAGCGAAUCAAUCGCAAUUUACGCCUACGCGCGGCGCACCGCAAACGAAGUGCCUUGUUUAUCGCGUUCCUCGCCGCUGUAGCGGGUAUCAAGCUGCCUAAAAAGAGACAUAACCGCGACCCGCGGCGUGUCUGAAAAGAAAAAGUCUCGGCACAUUGCGAUUACACGCCGAUCAGAAAGCGGCCAAAUAUCUUUCGUCUUAAUCGCCCGGUGACUCGGGAGCGGAAACGGCGCCGUAUAAUUAACCUUUUUGGCAAGCAACCCGUUCGGGUAAUCGCGUCAAGAUUCGCGUACUUGUCCCUCAAGGCUGAUCUUCUCCCACGUGCACGCAUCGAUUUACAUUUUUGCAUUAUUACCUCUGCAAUACCGCCGAUCGCGCGGUAUCAGUCGCUCGUGCACCGCGUGCAGGGCAGCCUCUCGAUCUUUUAUCGCUUCGGCUAGGACGACAUCCGCUCGGCACGAUGAGCAGAAGACCGAUCACCUCGUACUUCUACGAGAGAAAGUGCUACCUGUGCGAACAACGCACCGUUUGCCCCGAGUACCCUCCGCCGCCGAAGAGAACGCCGCAAAGAGUCAGAUUCACGUUCGCCGAGCCGAAAAAAAUGCUGAGAUCGGCCUCGCCGCAUUACCCUAGCAGGGGUGGAUCGGAUAUCCGAGUGAUUCGUCUAACGGUUGAUCAAGAAGCUGUUCUUCAGGAGCAGUUCAAUCGAUGGCCGAGAGCACCCCAUACGGCGGAUGUCGUCCUACUUGCAGCCGAGACGGGACUUUCGGAAGCCGACGUCGAGGCUUGGUACGCCAUUCGUCUGGCCCAAUGGAGGAAGGAGCAGGGCCUCGGCGGAAACCUGGGUCUGCAUUGAUGCCUAACGUUGAGCCUCGACGUUAUCGUACCCGUGUACCUGAAACCUUUAAUUCGUAUACGAACCGCGCGAACCGACAACGAUUUAUUCUCCUUGCUUUCAGCUUACGAACGAUCCGUAAGGUCUCGCGGCAGCGAUCGAUCUUUUAGAGUUUAGAACAUUUCGAUCGCGAAACGACGUGAUCAUUUUAUUUAUGUUAAUUGUUAGAGCGAAGCGUUCGCCAGAGACGGUACCAAAAUCAACGCGACGGUGCAAUAGCCAUAGUUUGUUAACAGCUUCUUUUUUUUAAUUGUAUCUUCGCCGUUGUAUCCAUCCGCGGUCGCAGUCGGGCUUGAAAUUCCCUACGCGAUUCGAUCCGGGUGGUUGCAAUGCUGCAAAAUGGACAAUCGACUAAUGUAAUUAGAAAUAUUGUACGUAAUAUUGCGAAGAUGACAUUACCAGCGAGUAUUAAUCAUAGCGUUACGCGUUACUUGACGUAUAACCCGGUUAAUUACGUUACGCCGGCGGAACAGGUACCAUAAUCAUUAGACUGUUUAUCUUAAUGCGUGUCCAAUCGAUUAACAAUCUUUUUGGAAUUCGUGUAAAGAUUCAUGGUCUAAUAAUUAUACGUCGAUGCUUCUGGAUAGUUGUACUAAUAAGACGGGUGUACAAGAGCACACGAAUAGAGAGAGACACGUUUAUAUAACCCAGUUAAUCGAAUAAGUGUUAUAAAAAUUUUCUGCUAAAACAAUAGAAAUCGUUUUAUUAUAA